GGUUAUCGCCCUUUGAAAAUGGAAGCCGUAUGAAAGCGUGAAACACCGGCGGGAGAUCGUAUUUUGUAUUCUGGCGUUUUUACAGCCCUGAUUUUCGAAAGAAAUAAAGAAUAAUUUAUAUUAUGGUACCAUAGAGAGUUGUAAGAGCAGCAGAAUGACGUCUAUUAUAAAACUACAGCCAUUUUCUGGUGCUCACAAUGAGUCGCCACCAUGCUACAUGCUGCAGGUGGAUGAGUUUCGAUUCUUGCUGGACUGUGGCUGGGACGAGGAUUUCAGUAUGGAGUUCAUCAAAGAGAUUAAAAGACAUGCACAUCAGGUAGAUGCUAUACUGCUGACCUACCCAGAUCAUAUACACUUGGGUGCUCUCCCUUACUUAGUGGGAAAAGGAAUACUGAACUGCCCUAUAUAUGCCACCAUUCCUGUGUAUAAAAUGGGACAGAUGUUUAUGUAUGAUUUGUAUCAGUCUCGCCACAACACUGAAGAUUUCGAUGUGUUCACCCUUGAUGAUGUUGAUGUUGCUUUCGAUAAAAUAGUGCAGUUAAAAUACUCACAGACCGUAAAUUUAAAAGGAAAGGGACAUGGAAUACAGAUAACACCGUUACCAGCCGGUCACAUGUUGGGAGGGACCAUCUGGAAAAUAAUUAAAGACGGAGAGGAAGAGAUCGUGUACGCUGUGGAUUACAAUCACAAGAAAGAAAGACAUUUGAAUGGGUGUGUGUUGGAGAAUCUUUCAAGACCAUCUUUAAUGAUCACUGAUGCUUUCAAUGCUACAUAUGUCCAAUCUCGACGAAGAGCUCGGGAUGAACAGUUACUGACGACAAUUCUGCAGACAAUGAGGAAUGAUGGGAAUGUUUUAGUUGCCGUGGAUACUGCUGGUAGAAUGCUGGAGCUGGCUCAACUGUUGGACCAGAUGUGGAGAAAUUCGGAAUCGGGUCUGUCACCGUAUUCCCUCGCCUUGCUCAAUAAUGUCAGCUUUAACGUGGUGGAGUUUGCUAAAUCUCAGGUAGAGUGGAUGAGUGAUAAAAUCAUGAGGUCAUUUGAGGAGGCGCGAAACAACCCCUUCCACUUCAAACAUGUCAAGCUGUGUCACAACUUAGCUGAGCUGGCACGGAUCCCUGAGCCCAAGGUGGUUUUGGCCAGUGUUCCAGAUUUGCAGUGUGGUUUUUCUCGAGACUUGUUCCUAGCCUGGUGUGGUAGUCCUAAAAACAGCAUCAUCCUGACAAACAGAACCUCCCCAGGAACUCUAGCAAGAUGGCUGAUAGACAAUCCAGACAACAAGACUGUUACCAUGGAUAUACGAAGACGGGUGAAACUGGAGGGCGGAGAGUUAGAUGACUAUCUCCGUAAAAAGAAAGAAAAAGAGGCCGAGGAACAAAGAAUCAAGAAUGAACAGAAAAGAGAUCUGGAGGAUGAAUCGAGUGAUGAGAGUGACACAGAAAUGGAUGUUGAUAACCAGAAUGUAUCCAGCAAAGGCAAGCAUGAUCUGAUGAUGAGGAGCGAGGGUAAAAGUCGGACCGGAUUCUUCAAGCAGGCGAAGAAGUCAUACCCUAUGUUUCCGUUUACGGAGGAGAAGCUGAAAUGGGAUGAUUACGGGGAGAUCAUUAGGCCAGAAGAUUAUACCAUUCUAGAUGUACCACAAACAGACGAGGAGACUUCAGCAGAAAACGUAAAGAAACAAGAUACCUCUGUACAAGACUUGUCAGAAGUACCCACUAAGUGUGUGGCAGCGACGGUGACUCUGGACAUUAAUGCGAACAUCCAGUACAUUGACUUUGAAGGACGUUCUGAUGGCGAAUCCAUUAAGAAAAUCCUCUCUCAGAUUAAACCAAGACAAUUGAUAUUGGUGCGAGCUAUGACGGAGGCCACGGAAGCCCUGUCAGAGUACUGCAGAAAAAAUGAGGGGGUGGUUCAGGGCAAGAUCUUCCUCCCAACUAUAGGUGAAGUCGUGGAUGUUACGCGGGAAAGCCACAUCUUCCAGGUCAGACUCAGGGACUAUAUGGUGUCUGCACUGAAUUUUGCCAAGGCCAAGGAGACCGAGCUGGCCUGGAUCGACGGUCAGUUAGACAUGAGUCAUGGGAAAGUGGACACUGGGGCCAUGUACGAGACAGAGGAAGGGGAGGUCACUGAUGAAAAGUCACGGAAACGACUAGAUGGCACAUUGGACGGCGACGAGGACCCAAUGGAGGUUGUACCAACAGUGGAGGCUCUUACACACUAUCAGCAUCUUGGACAUAAAGCUGUGUUUAUCAAUGAACCGAAGCUCUCGGACUUCAAACUUGUGCUGCUUCAAGAAGGGAUUCAGGCGGAGUUCAUUGCUGGUGUGCUGAUCUGUAACAAUAACGUGGCUGUUAGAAGGAAUGAAGCUGGAAGGAUACAACUGGAAGGAACUAUAUGUGAGGACUUCUUUAAAAUCCGACACAUUCUGUAUAAUCAAUACGCCAUUGUGUGACAGACUUGGCAAAUUCUGUAUAAUCAAUAUGCCAUUGUGUGAAAGACUUAUGAAUUGUUAAAAUCUGACACAUUUUGUAAACUGUAAACCAAUUUUUAUUUGUGGCUACUUUAUUUCGUGAUUCAUCUGUGGUAAACUGGUUCACGGCAAGUAAUUUUCGUGAUUGAGCCUUUGUUCUUGCUAAUGUCGCGAAAUUUUCUGACACACAAAUAAAAGUUGGUUUACAGUGAUCAAUAUGCCAUUGUGUGACAGACUUGUGAAAUGGUGGGAUAUCUCCUGCAAGUGAAACAUGCUGUGAGUCAUUCCAUGUGACUAUAGAUAUUAUGUGACUACAGAUAUCAUGUGACUAGAGAUGUCAUUUGACUACAGAUACCGUGUGACUACAGAUAUGAGGAUAUUCAUUGUAAUUGGAUCUGGUUUCUGUCUGAUUGCUUCAUGUGUAAUUUCUAUUUUUGAGAAAAUGCACUUACUAAAGCAUUUCAUCAUCACCCAUACUUCAGAGUGUAUGGUUUAUCAUUUUUUUUCUCUAAGCAUUAUCAUUUUUCAAACAUGUGUUUGUAUUUAACUGUCCUUAGUUUGUAAGAAUAAAUAUUAAAAGAAAA